AUGCUGAAAUAUUUUGGGACGAAGAAACAGCCGUGUCAAUCCUCAACAUUUAGAGCACUUCAAACUCAAGUACGUGUGAAAAUACAUGCACGAGUACGUGUACGAGUACCAACACUCUCGAUACCACUACGUGCAAGUUCCACUGAUAUUCAUCCGAAUGCAAAAUGGUCACAGAAUGGUAUCCCUGUUGCUGGAGGAAAUGGAAAAGGCAGUGAAACAAAUCAACUCUAUUGGCCAUAUGGUUUGUACGUCGAUGAUGAUCAAACGAUUUAUAUCGCUGAUUGUUAUAAUCACCGUAUUGUGGAAUGGAAAUCUGGUGCAACGAAUGGAAACGUAGUUGCUGGUGGAAAUGGAUUAGGUAAAGGGGCUCAUCAGUUAAACUACCCAUAUGAUGUGAUUAUCGACGAAGAGAGCGAUAGUCUCAUCAUCAGCGAUUGGGGGAAUAAUAGAGUAGUUCGUUGGCCUCGUCGAAAUGGUACUCGGGGAGAAACAAUUAUUUCAAAUAUCUCUUGCUUCGGUUUGACAAUGGACGACAAUGGUUUUCUCUAUGUCGUUGACGAUGAAAAACAUGAAGUGAGACAAUAUAAAAUUGGUGACACUCAAGAAACAGUAGUUGCAGGUGGUAAUGGAAAAGGAAGUCGUCUCGAUCAACUCUCUAAUCCCCACUACGUAUUUGUCGAUCGAGAUCAUUCAGUUUAUGUGUCUGAUUGUGGAAAUAAUCGUGUAAUGAAAUGGGAAGUAGGUGCAAAACAAGGCAUUGUUGUAGCCGGUGGUCAAGGAAAUAGUCUUACACAAUUGAAUGAACCUGAAGGAGUCGUUGUUGAUCAAUUGGGUACCGUCUAUGUGACUGAUUCUAGGAAUCAUCGAAUCAUGCGUUGGCCAAAAGGAGCCACACAAGGAAGUGUCAUUAUUUGUGGAAAUGGUCGAGGAGCACAAUCGAAUCAACUCAAUUAUCCCAUAGGUUUAUCAUUUGAUCGACAUGGCAAUCUCUAUGUCGUCGAUUACUAUAACAAUCGAGUACGAAAAUUUAAUAUCGUAUCAACUUCAAUACGAUGA